CCUCCCCUACAUUGGUCCUCUCGCAACUCGCGGAAAAAUCGCAUCGCGCCCCGCCAAGUGCACGUCGUACAUCACGCCUCAGCAACACCAGAGAGCACGGAGACAGGAAUGGGAAAGGAUCUGAGUGAAGCCAUCGUCGUGGAACAGCGCCUGCACCAUCCGCAAACAAGACUAAAGGCGCAUCUCAGCUGGGACGUCUCCUUCUGGGUCGCGUUCGUCUUCACGCUGGGUUCAAUCCUCUGGGUGAUCAAUGGGUUUCUGCUUUACUUGCCAUUAGCGCCGUCGCAGUCUCUGCCGCACGCGAAUGCAGCGGCGUGGACUGCCUUCGCCGGCGGGACGGCCUUCGAGAUCGGCAGCUACCUCACGGUCGUGGAGGCGCUGAACGCAGGGCACGAGCAGCUCUUCGGGCCGGCGCUCUGGGGCCUCAUGGAGGGUCGGGAGCAUCCGGGCGAAGAAACGUCGACGGCGACAUCGUCAUGGUGGAAGAGGAAGGCAAGAAGGGCGGCUGGGAUGAAGCUCGGUGUCAGGAGGAAGAUCGACUUUCGAUGGUUCGGCACGACGUCUUGGAGGGAGCUCGGUUUCCUGGCCUCUGUGACCCAGCUGUUCGCAGCAACAGUGUUCUGGGUGUCGACCAUCACGGGCCUCCCGGGCGUUAUCCCCAACCUCAGCACUGCCCCACCCAUAGCAAUCAGCGACGUGUUCUACUGGACACCCCAAGUUGUCGGGGGUACCGGCUUCAUCGUUUCCUCGCUCCUCAUGAUGAUCGAGUGCCAGCGAAAAUGGUGGUCACCGAACCUGCGGGCCGUCGGAUGGCACAUAGGCUUCUGGAACCUUGUCGGGGCGGUGGGUUUCACGUUGUGCGGCGCGCUGGGGUAUGCGGCCCUCGCGUCUUCGAAGGCAAACUACCAGAGCGUCCUGGCGACCUUCUGGGGUUCGUGGGGGUUCCUGAUCGGGAGCACAAUACAGCUGUACGAGACGCUGUGGAGGGAGAGUACC